UCAGGCAUCCUCCUCCGAAACAACAUCGUACUGGAGUGAGCAGAGGGAGGGAGUCUGCCCUUGAGAAAGUGAGAGGGAGGUGGGGUUUAGAGAGAGGAGAGGAGGAAAAAUGAAGGUGAGAGUAGUGUGUAGAAAAGUGUACGAUUACAUACGCUACGAUUUAAGAGAAAUAGCUUUCCCUUCUUCUCUACCUGAUCCUCCUCAUAUCCAAAAACGUCCCAAAUUAACUUGGCGCGACAAUCUUUUUAUAUUGAAGAAGGCAACAAGGCUUUAUUGUGCUAGCUGGGUGAGAGAUAUUGGUCCUGAUCUUAGGCCUAAUGAUUAUGCGAAAGAUAGUGAAGCCAAUGGUGAAGCUAAGACCACUUCUUCUACUCAAGAGAAAGAGCCCUCUGUUGUUGAAGAUCUUGCGGUUGCUGCAAGGGGAGGUAUGGAGACAUUGAGGCCAGCUUUACAACGUGUGUACAUGACAAGAGCUUCUGCUUAUAGAGAUGCUCUUAAAAGUUUUAUACAAGGGUAUCAGGAGGGUGUCCAGCAGGUCAUGGAGAAGAAAGAAGAAUCUAAAACUCAAUCAGAGGGCAAUGCUCCCAAGAAAUCUACUUGAGCCAGUAUUCUAGUGUGAUACAAGUUUUUCCCCUGGACAUCAAUCAUGAACACAACCCAUAGAGCUUUGCUACAACUUCACUUUUGAAAAGUUACCAUCCUAGUGAAAGAAUGUAAGAAAUGUUUCGAGCAUGUUCUAUCUAUUGUACAAUAAAACUAUGAAUAUGCUGGAUCUUUUGUGCUUGUACCAUAUGAAGACUGAUAUCCCAUAUACAAUGCUGACUGCUGAAGUUUUUUA